ACGGAAGAUUAUAUAAGGAAUAGCCUCAAAGACUCACUCUUACACUCCUCAACGCUUUCUCAUCGCUGAUCAAACUUUAAACCCUAGGAUUUGAAGGUGCACUGUACACUUGUGAUGGCUUCGAAACGCAUUACUAAGGAGUUGAAGGAUUUGCAGAAGGACCCUCCUGUUUCCUGCAGUGCUGGCCCUGUUGGUGAUGACAUGUUUCAUUGGCAAGCCACUAUCAUGGGUCCAGCAGACAGCCCUUAUGCUGGAGGUGUAUUCAUGGUCACCAUUCACUUCCCACCGGAUUAUCCAUUUAAGCCACCAAAGGUUUCGUUCCGAACGAAGGUGUUUCAUCCUAACAUAAACAGCAACGGCAGUAUCUGUUUGGACAUUCUGAAAGAGCAGUGGAGUCCUGCCCUUACAGUUUCCAAGGUGCUACUGUCAAUAUGCUCCUUGCUGACAGAUCCGAACCCAGAUGAUCCUUUGGUGCCUGAUAUUGCUCACAUGUACAAGACAGACAGAGCAAAGUACGAGAGCACUGCACGUUCUUGGACUCAGAAAUAUGCAAUGAGUUAGAAGAAAAACACCCACAACAUAUGCUUAUGCUUAUGCUUCUGGGGCACCCCUUUUGUGCAAAAUAUGUUUCCUCAUGUCCUCGUCGGUACAUAUAAUACAUAUAUAGUGCCUUCUCCUUUCAUUUUAUAAUAAUAAUUAAAACCCCGGAAACACUUUUUACCUAUU